AUGCCUGUUCUUUGCGGCGAUUCCCUUGUCGUAUGCCUCGUCGGCGAGACGGGCAGCGGCAAGUCCACUCAGGUGCCCCAGAUGAUCCUCGAAGAGGCGGCCGGUACCCGGCAAGACAGCGAGGUGGUUUCGCUCGCAUCGCUGACGCAGCCACGGCGUGUGGCCGCUCUGAACUUGGCGCACCGGGUGGCCUCAGAGCUAGGCGAGCAGCUUGGUGACUCGGUGGGCUACAGAAUCGGCGGCGACAGCAGCCGCGGAAAGUACAUUGACUUCUGUACCGUUGGGUACAUAUUGCAGCUUUUCCUCAAUGCGCCCGAGGAGUUCGGGGAAUACACCCACAUCGUCCUCGAUGAGGUGCACGAGCGAAGUGCAGAGAGCGACAUGCUGUGCCUUGUGGUUCGCCUUCUAGCGAAGCAUCGUUUCGAGGGCACGCGGCUCGUCAUCAUGUCUGCGACGCUCCAAUCGGACCUCUUCGCGCACUAUUUUGGCGAUAUUUGCAGAUACCCCGUGGGCCGUGUUCAUGUAGGCAGCCGGUGCUUUCCAGUGAAGGAGCAUUACCUGGACGAGCUGUCCCGGUCAUUGGGAAAGCGGCUGCGGUGUGAGGGCAUCAUCAACAGCCGGGCAAAGGACAUGUUCGGUGACGGCAGGGAGAAGAAGGCAAAACGGAUUGACCAGAGACAUUGUGACAAGUUGCAUCCGAUAAUCCUGGAACUGCUGGAGGUGAUUGCCAAGCCGGCCAGUACCAUCCUGGUGUUCUUGCCGGGCAUCGCCGAGAUCUCCUCCUUGUGGCAGGAAGCAAAGUUCCUAGAAGAGUCCAACGCCUUCAAGAUCUUCCCGCUGCACUCCAUGGUGCCCCGAGAAGAACAGGAGCUCGUGUUCGAGGAGCCAGACCCCGAUGUUACCCACGUAGUCCUGGCCACGGACAUCGCAGAGUCCUCCAUCACCUUGCCCCAC